AUGGGUGACUACGACCAUCUCUACCAGCAGGGACUCUACAACCUGUCCCCUGAUCAGCAAGAUCUUCUGCUGGCCGCUCUCUCCUCCAACAACCCUGCCGGCAAGCAACUCAACCACACUCCACAGCCCAAGCUCGAGCAUAGCCCUGAUCACACCUCUUCAAAUGGCAUGAGUGCCCCUCCCUCGGGCGGAUUUGAAAACCCUCAGUCUGCUUUCAAUGCUUUUGGCUUUAGCAACGAUGACAGUCCGUUCCUUGAUUUUACCCCGGACGUCGAUUUCGAAUUCACUGGAUCCGCGGAUCUAAUUGGUGAUCUUCCCGGGGAUGACUCUCUCCAUGAUUAUGAAGCAGGAGAGAAGCGAAAAUCAAUGGAUGGUGCAUCUGAUGGCGAGGUGGAAGAGACAGGAAAGAAGCGACGAGAGAGUGAGGCCAAGAAGCCUGGUCGGAAGCCACUAACCUCGGAACCCACGACUAAACGCAAGGCCCAAAACCGAGCUGCUCAGCGGGCAUUCCGAGAGCGAAAGGAGAAGCACCUGAAGGAUUUGGAGACCAAAGUGGAUGAGCUGCAGAAGUCCUCGGAUACCGCUAACCAACAAAAUGGAGUGCUACGGGCCCAAGUCGAAAGGCUCCAGACUGAACUUCGUGAAUACCGGAAGCGACUCUCAUGGAUGACCACUGGGAAUGGUAUCUCCGCAAUUAGUGCCAUUCCAAGUGCUCACUCUCAGGGAGCGUUGGGUUUGCAGAACAACGAGUUUCUGUUCGACUUCCCCAAAUUUGGCGACCUGCCUGGCUCGCAUCUGUUCAACGGACAAAACAAACCCGAUCAGUCAAAACCCAGGAACAACCUGCCCCGGGCUCCUGGUGUUCCCGGUGUUCUGAGUCGGGAGAACUUGCAGGGUCUCAUUGGGGCCCCCUUCGGCUCAUCUAACUCCAAGUCCACAUCCACCAAUUCCACAUCUAGCACCCCUACUGCGACCGCUAGUACUAAGCCAACUACAUCAAAGGGAACACCUAAUAGCACCGCAUCGAUCAAGACACCAUACCCCAAUUUCAAGUCGUCGACGGUGCCAAAUCACGAGAACUCCACAUCGGAUUCGCCAUCAUCCUCGUCCGAUUCACAUCAGAGCCAGAUGCUCUCAUCAAGUGGAACUUCACCUGAACCGAGCUUGAACUCGCCAGACGCAAAACACAAUGAGUCUGGUUGCAAUGUACAUGGCUCUGUCCACGGUGAGGAAUCCUUCUGCGCAAAACUUGGCAUGGCCUGUGGCAACAUCAAUAACCCCAUCCCAGCUGUACGGGAUCAACAGGCCAAACCCAACAACGCCCCCAGCGAGCAACAACCCGCCGACGAGGAUUCUCUUGGAUUGGAAUGGUUGGCUCAGCAAAACGGGGGUCAAUUCGACCCUGUGCUAUUUGGAGACUGGCGUGAGCCACAAGAUGCGGUGCUUUCUCAGGACUUUGGCACUUUCUUCAACGACGCAUUCCCCUUGCCAGAUCUUGGUAGCCCAUCGCAUAACUUGAGCGAAGCAGCUCAUCCACAACCACAACCCAAGAAGGACCUCAUUGCUCAGAUCGAUAGCAGAUUAGAGGAAGAGGUGGUUCCAGGUGAGGAUAAGGCACAGAUGCUUUCAUGCACAAAGAUCUGGGAUCGUCUGCAAUCCAUGGAGAAGUUCCGAAAUGGCGAAAUUGAUGUCGAUAACCUGUGUUCCGAGCUGCGGACUAAAGCUCGCUGUUCAGAGGGUGGUGUGGUUGUGAAUCAAAGGGAUGUCGACGAUAUCAUGGGCCGCGCCAAAUAG